AUGGAAAACGAUAAUAGAGAAUUGAAAGGUGGUCUCAGAAAGAAGCAGUGUUUGAGCCAGACACAAUCAAUGGAUGAAAUUAGCGGUUCCGAAACGCUGGUUAACGUCGACCAUGGAUUGCAUGCUGAAUCCGAGAGAGAAGACAUAAUUGAACGAUCUUUAGCAACGUAUGGUGAACUCGGGGAUGCAGAAAGUAGCGAUGACGAGUCGAUCCAAAGCGACUUGUACGGUGGGCCAUUAGACGAAGAAUUCGCGAAUCAAAGUACCAUCUCUUCUGCCAAUGGAAUUCCACACAUUCAACAAAGAAGAACGAAUGAAAGACCCAAAUCGAUUGAAAUUAAUCAAACCAUCGAUAAAGGUCAAGGAGAAUUAGCGGACGCAAUUGUUAAUCAAUCGGUGCAUUUUCCAGGUGCAACUAGCUUCAAUGGGCCAAAAAUUUUCCAAACAAUCAAUAGUCGUCCUUCGCACCGGCAUUCGAAUUCCACCAUUAAUCAGAGAGUCAUUAUACCCCAUGAGGGCUGGACUGACUCGAGCGAUUCCAAAAAUAUAGGACAUGAAACCUCUCUUGAACCUAGUCACUAUCGCCAUCAUAGCAGUUUUGGGGAAUCGGAUGGUGAACGCAUACGGCCCAACACUAGAAAAAGACUGCGUAAUAUCGACUAUAUGAGCUCUGAGCGGGCUUUCAAAGAAAAGUUCGGUUUUGAUUUUGUCAGGUUUUCGAUGAACCCUUUUGAUAAGUUGAACCAAAAAAUGGGCCCACUUGAAGGACGUAUGGAAGCGCAUGUGGCGCCAGAAUUCGAUUCUUGGCUUUCUUCUUCUCCAUACGGAAUCUGGGUUACCAAAGUUGAAGAUGAGAACCCUUACGCUGUAAAUAUGAUGGAUGUGGGCACAAAUUCUCUUUUCAAGACAAUCCAACGUCAUCAAAUAUCUUCAAACAUCUCAAACAUAAGCAUAGCGAUGACUUUGCAUUAUUCAACAAAGGUCUGAGCGGGAAUCAGAGAACUCUGGAAGCAUUUUCCACAGGUUUUUCGACUUCCACAAAGCCUAUUCCUCUGACAAAGAGAUUCGUUGAAUUUUCGGCUCGUAAUAAGUCUGAGCUGAUCCAGCUUCAUGCUUCUAUUGAAAAUUUCGUCCCGCUACAUUUGGUCGAGGCACCUGCGAUGAGAACGUUUCUACGAUUCCUCAAUACUUCUAAUCGCCCUAUCAUUUCAUCACGUAAAGGGUUGGUCAGACUUCUGAACGAUUAUGAAUACGAAUUCAGCAAAGUAUUGAAGUCAACUUUGCGACACUCUUUCAACUUCAACCUGCUACUAGACAUGUGGACGUCUUCAAAUAAAAAGAGCUAUUUAGCCGUCAUGAUAUCAUUCUGCCCUAACCUAAAAACCAAGUCGCACUUGGAGAAGGAUGACUUGGUUAAUCAAGGAAAUCAGAACACACACGUCCUUGAUUUCAUAGACAUGAGUGAUCAACGGCUCACAGGUGAAAACCUUAAGGCUGCCUUAUUGACAUGUCUCACCAAAUACUCGAUCACUCACAAAAUUAGCAGCAUCACCAUGGACAAUGAUUCAAACAAUAUCUCAGUGCUAGAUAACCUCGAUGAAGCUCUUGACUUAGGAUUUGGCGUUGCUGAAUCUAGCAACAUUACCAAGAUUCGGUGUAUGAACGAUGUUUUGAAUGACGUCUUUCAUUGUUUAUUCAAAGCUUUUGAAAUGCAUCACUCUAGCCUGCUCUCAAGGAUUGACAAGAUCUCAUACUAUAACAACAGCAAUGUUUUUGUCAAGGAAAAACUUAGAGCCUACCUUCCCUGCUCUACUCCAAAGUAUACAGCCGCAAGUUUUCUUUCACGCUUUGACCAGCUCCAGACCUUCCUCAAAGUAUCCAAACAACUUAAGAAUUUUUACUUCAAUCAUCGGCUUCAGCCAGAAUUUCAACUGAGGCCGGAAGGUGGUCCUGUUUUCUGCUACAGCAAAGAAGAAAUACAAUCUGUGACGUUUUUCAUUCGCGUAACGCGCGUGUUCGAAGAGUUCGCCAUGCUUCUCCAGAACGACUCGACCAACUCCGUUGUGAAUGGGAUCGACUACUACAAAGCUAUAAAUCGGUACUACGACGUCAUUGAAACUAUGCAGAAAGGCGCAAUAGAUGUGGAGACAUUACAAGGAAUUGGUCUUACAGUCACCGACUUACCUCCCGACGAUACAAUGAGAAAAAUUCUUGAUGCGGUGGCUAGCUCGCGCCCCAAGUUUGAGAAAUACCAGACUAUCGCCUAUAAGGAAACUGGAUAUUGGGUAGCUCAUAUACUGCAGCCACAUUGCAAGCUGGACCUACUAGAAGCAACCUUGAAUGAUACCUUACGAAACGAAGUUAUGAGAGCAACUGAACGGUACGUAACGAGUUAUUGUAAACGAUUUGGCGAGGGUUUAAAAGAUGCUUUGAGGACCAAAGAUCAAAGGGCCCCCAAUGGAUCCAUUUCUGGACGUCAUAGACAAAACGUCACAUCAAUACUUCUCAACCACGGCGAGCAGCAAGCGAGAUUAGUGGAGACCUCUGCAGUCUUGAGAGAAUGGGAGGUUUACCUGAGAGAGCCAUCUGAGGAAAAUACAACAUAUUUGGACUAUUGGAUAAGGAACCAGAGCCGCUUUCCCGCAAUUUGUUCACUGGCGCUUUCUUUCUACAACACAAAAUUAUCGACUGCUGAUGUUGAACAAUGUUUCUCCAUCAGCAGUAGAGCCCUGGACAAUAGGUUCUCGCUGUCGAGCUCGAACUUGAGACACGCGAUGGUGUUGAGGAACCGCAUGAAGUGCUUUGAUGUAUGUUCGGAUAUGCCAAUCGUUGAAAAUAUUCCCACAGAGUGGACAAGUGAAGAUACUGAUCUGAGCUCGUCUUGCACUGCAGAAUCGUCUGCAAUCAAAGGUGAUGACGGACAGAUGUUAGAAGACCAGUCCAGUGAAGAAAGUGGUAUUGAAAACGAGCUCUAG